AUGGUGUCGGCUCACAGUAAGUUACCACCACUGUGCCAAAUCCUGAAGUUUCUUUUCUACAAUCUUUGCUGCUGCUCGGAGGAUCCGGGGCAGAUACAGACGAGUGUGACGACAGCUCUGGGGACUUUGCAGAUCAUGGUGGGCCUGUUCAACAUCGGUCUCGGGCCGGGACGAACAAGCACAAGUCCUGGGGAUGUGACCAGUCUGGGAGCUGCUUACUGGCUGGGUUCUGUGUUCAUUGUGGCUGGCAUCAUGUCAAUUUUGGCCGGACAGUUCCCUUCUUCCUGCUUGAUGGGCUUCACUGUGUUUAUGAACAUUUCUGGAGCCGUGUUUGCCAUCACUGGCAUCGUGUUGUAUGCCAUCGACCUGGGAAACUCCUCCCUUCUAUGGGUGUGUGAGCGCAGCGCCAGCAAUGCUGAUGAUUCUGGUGACAACUGUAUAAAUGUGGCACUCUUUGCACAGAGAUUGUUGACAUGCAUGGACACCACGUUGAUCGCCGUGACUGUUCUCCAGCUUUUUGUCAGUAUUAGGUAUACUGUCCUGGGCAUCAAGGCUUUGACUGGCGGCAUGAAGGAAGAGAGUGGGAAAGAUGUUGAAGAUCAGCAGGAAGUCGUCCUGGUGCUCCAAAUCAGUUCAAGUAAAUAA